AUGACAUUCUUAAAGCUGUUACUAAAAAGCAAUUUAAUAUUUUUUGUUACAACUAUUGUUACCGGCGAAAAUUCGGAAAAUAGUCUGUUUAAUUAUCAUCUACCAUACAAUAUAAUAGCAUUGCAUUAUAAGAUACAACUAACACUUCCUAGGAUUGUCGAAAACUAUACUUUCUAUGGCGAAUCCAACAUUAAUAUUAUUGUACGUCAUCCUACGCAGGAAAUAAAUUUGCAUUCAGUGUUUGUAGACAUAAAUAAACAGGUUACAUUAUUUCAUGAAAUAUCAAAAAGGAUUUAUAAAUCGUCGGGUUAUACUUGUAAUUAUGGAUUGUUUACGUGUUCUUUUAAUUUUAAUGAUUUGAUAACGGUUGGGUCUUACAUGCUCAAACUGAAAUACAAUGGUACCAUAAGUGAUCGCGAAAAUGCUGAUGGCUUUAUCAUAACUUCAUAUAAAGAUGGUCAACGGAAUCUUAAGUGGAUGUAUUCAGCAGGUGACUUUCAGAAUACUGUCGGAGUGCAAUAUGUAUUUCCAGUUAUAAAUGAUUUAAUGUUUAAGGCCACAUUUGACAUCACCGUUGAUUAUCCUAAAAAUUAUACUGCUUUAUCAAAUAUGCCAGUAAUAAGCAGAAAGCACAUUAAAAAUCAUAUGAAGAGCGCACAUUUUCAUACUACUCCUGCAAUACAUCCCUAUCUUGUCGCAAUUAUAGUGGCCGAUUUGGACACACUUUAUACUAAGUCAGAAAAGGUUCCGCUGUUGUACAGAGAUUUAACAAUAGCAAGACAGCUGUAUUUUGCUUUGGACGUUGCUGAAACUACUACUAUGUACUUGAAAGAUCAAUAUUUCCAGAAUUGUACGUUGAAUGAUUAUAUACCACAAACGAAUUAUGUAGCAAUUCCAUACUAUCGAGAUGACGGCUUGCCAAAUUGGGGAAUUGUUUUUUAUAGUCAAGAAGCUAUUAGCUAUCUUAAUGAAUGGAAUUCUAUUCAGCGCAAGACAGAAGUUGCAGCCUUAGUAGCACGUAAAGUGGCAAAUCAAUUUCUUAAUAAAAUCACCUUAUCUAGUUGGUCUGACAUGUGGAUAAACGAAGGCAUUGCAACGUUUUUGGGAACGCAUGUCGUCGACAAGAUUUUCACAGAUCUUCAAAUGAUGGAUUUAUUCGUAGUUAGGACUCGAUGUGAAUCUCUUCGUUUGGAAUCUGUCACUAAUAUGCCACCUGUUGUAUUUCAAAUUAAAGAACCCUAUGACGUCAAAUUAUUUGGUUCUUUCCGUUACAAUAAAGGUAAAAAUCUAAAUUUAUUGUAUAUUUUAAUCAUUGUAGCGUUCGCUUUAUUGCGCAUGUUAUAUCAUAUAAUUUCCGACGAGGUAUUUCAUAAGAGUAUCUGCAAUUAUUUAAACAACCAAGUAGAUCAUAUCAACAAUAUCGGAGAAUUGCAUUCCAGCAAUGUUGCAUUGACAUUGGAAACGUUGCACCAAUGUUGCUGUAACUUACUAUGCUGUAAUAGCGAUGUGCCCGUUGAAUCAACAUCUGCCAACAAUUUAUGGGCCGUUAUGCAAACUAUUCUGAAUGAAUCCAAUAACAAAACUGGACUUAACAUAACAAAGAUGAUGAACUUUUGGAUAACACAACAUAAAUAUCCUAUAUUAAAAGUGACACGAAAUUAUGGUGAUGGUCGCACGGUAAUAUGGACAGAUAUGCAUAAUAUGUCUAAACGGCACGAAUGGUGGAUACCUGUGACCUACACUACGGAAACGAAUCUUAAUUUUAACAUUGCACCUUUCGUCCAAAAAUGGAUAACCUGUGAACAGUUUUUUGUAUACUUACCAUCAAUUAAUUUGAAUGAUUGGAUUAUAGUCAACUUACAACAACUUGGAUAUUAUCGUGUCAUGUACGAUAAGGAAAAUUGGAUAAGACUUGCAAGCUAUCUAAAUUCGUAUAAAUAUAAUAAGAUACAUGUUAUAAAUCGUGCGCAAAUCGUUGAUGAUGCAUAUCACUUUUUGAUAACGAAACAACUUGAUUUUGAUAUGUUUAAAGAACUUACAAUAUAUCUAUCACAAGAAACAGAUUAUAUAGCAUGGUAUCCUAUGUUUUACAUGUUUAGAACUACGUUAAAUCAUUCAAAUAUAUUUUCACAUCCAGAAGCUACACCUAUCAAGGAACAUAUGCGAAAUAUCUUGCACAAUCUUCUUAAAAAGAAGAUUGGAUAUGUCAAUCUAGUUAGUGAUAAUAUUAAUAUGAUAUCUUUGAGAGAAGAAGCUGCGGAAUGGGCAUGUUUCUUUGGUGAUGAAACAUGUAGAGAAACAGCUUACAAAGAAUUCCAAAACUACAUGAUUCUUAUUUCUAAACACAAAUGGUUAUUUAUAGCUGAUUUCCAAGGGCCUGGAGCUCGACAGAUAUUUCCGUGCUGGGAUGAGCCGGAUACCAGGACCAAUUUUACUAUUUCCAUAAAGCAUGAUCGAUAUUAUAGGGCUUUAUCGAAUGCAAAAGUUACUAACAUGUUCAGCGAUAAGCAUGAAAAGUAUUGGACACAUUUCGAACCAACCGUUGAAAUACCUCCUCAUCAUAUAAUGAUUCUAUUGCACGAUUUUAAACAAGUUGAUGACUCAAACGUGUGGUGUAGAGAACAAGUGAAACAAGACAUGGAAUUUUUACAGUCAACUGUUAAAUUUGCCAUAGAUUAUUUAAAAUUUCAUUUUGACGACAUAAUACAUCCACUAACACUGACCCAUGUUGUAAUUCCGGGUUUCUUGGACUCAGGCAUGCAAAGUUGGGGAAUUAUCCUUUAUAGAGAGACAAAUGUCCUCUACGAUGAAAAAUUAGAUUUCAUUGCUUGGAAAGUUGAAAGGGCAUUCAUGAUAGCACGUAAAAUCGCACAUCAAUACAUUAGCAAUCUCAUAGCCCAACCUUCAUGGUUUUAUCUUUGGUUAAAUGAAGGUAUUGCUACAUUUUUAGCAAUGAAAACAGUGAAUCAGCGCUUUUUAACAGUAUAUCCCCAUUUGAUGGAUUUAUUUGUUGUAAAAUUUCAACAUGAGUCUCUCCGUUUGAAUGAUUAUUAUAAUAUGUCUCUCAUACAUGAAACUGAUACAUCAUCUGACAUUGAUUCAAUUUUUUCUAUUACUCAUUAUAUUAAAGCGCCUGUCUUUGUACGAUUAUUGGAUAAAAUGCUACCUAAAGAUAUGCUUUGUACAAGUAUCGCCGAUUAUAUAAAAGACAAGUUUAAAUCUGUCAUUACUUGGACUACUCCUCUCGAACAGUUUUUUGCUGUCAUACAAAACAAUUUAAUGAGUGUAGGAUCUAAUUAUACAGAACAUAUCGACGUAAAAACGAUAUUCACUCAGUGGACAAAACAGAAGCGCUACCCUAUGUUGGAGGUGCAGCGAAUAUCUUUCCUAAACAAGGUUAAAGUAUAUGUAGUUGAACCAUGUCCCGAAAAUUUGUCGAUACCUGUAACUUAUAUUACACAGACGAAUCCUCAUCUUAUACAUAACGCAUGGCUAGAAAAGUCAAAUUUAGAUUUACCUGUUUAUAGUAGCGACUGGAUCAUUAUCAAUAUACAACAAAUUGGAUAUUAUCGUGUUAAUUAUGAUUACGAUAUUUG